UAUCAAACAAAUUAUUCUAUCUUGAUCUUCGCCAACAAAACGCCUCUGGACACAGAGACGAUGGCUUCCUCAUCUCUUCCCUUUCUUCUCCAUGCGUUUGCUCCAAUUUCGUCCGCUAAUCUCCACAACAAUGUCCGAUUUACUUUCAAUCACAAACCUGCAAAUUCUUUCACUUCUCGCUCUGUUUCGUCUUCUUCAUUGUGCUCGCCAGUUCUUCACAAAUCCAUCGCGUUCGCUGCGUCGAUCUCCCUUCUUCUUUGGCCGAGUCCAGCCAAUGCCGGAUUUCUGUCAGGAUUUUCGGGAAUCGAAUCAGUUCCUGGUCCCCAAUUGCCCCAAAUUGACUUUCUCAAUCGCUUCAAUGAAGAAAAUCAGAAAAAAUAUGCCGAAUCUGAUGCCAGAUUCAAAUCAUCUCCCCUGCUGAAGGAACUUCUGGAGCGAUCGAAGUUGAACAAGGAAAAGAACCGUCAGAAAAUUGCUGACAAAUAUUGCAUCCGCGGUGCCGAAUGGGGAGUAGGAGAUUGUUCGGCGGAGGGGAUGUCACCGGAGGAGAGGGAUAAUUUCAUCUCCACGUUGAAGCAAAAGGCUGGAGUGGAUUAAUGGCGCAGUUGUAGCUGAAAAUUUGCCUAAUCUGCCUUCCAAAGUCUGCCAUUGGAGCUCUGAUGGAGCUUCAAUGGAGCAUUGGCAUUCACAGCAAGAAUUUUAACACAGAGUGAUGCAACUUAAAGGGAAUAUGAGGUAUUGUUUCCCAUCUCUGGUAUAAAAUUAUGUUAUCUUUGUGACAGAGAUUACAUUGUAGACUCAACAAUUAAGCUUAGACUCCAUUGUAGAACUUUGUAGAAAGUUUUUAGGAUCAUGUAUUAGUUGGGUUUGGUUAAAUUUGUUUGUGUUGGUCAUUUUAUCCAUUAUGGACUCAUUAAAUGGUGCUGAGCAUUGAGCAACUGUUCUUAAAUUGAUGUGUAAAAAUAGGUAAGCAAAUCUUUCAACUUU